CGCGCGGCCACCGACACCGAAUCAGCAACACACACGCGCGCGCCCGUUUCCGUCGCUACUGCCACCGUCGCUGCUACUACUGCUACCAGUGAAGAUCGCAUACGAUUGUCGGCGCACCGUCAUCAGACGCAUCAACCCGGAUACCGGAUCGCAUACGGACGACACGUUCACGCCCGCGUUCGCGUCGCGGCAAAACCGUUUUUCCUCGUUCCAGCGGCAUCCCUGUGGCCCAGAAUAACCGUAUCAAAUACACGUGAAACCAUGAACGCGUUCGGCAAAGCGUCGUUUCUCAUGUUAGUGGCCGUCUCGUGCCACGUGUACGCGCAACGUGUGCCGACCAGUACUCCGUGCUCGCUGUCGUUCUACCGGUACCUGUACAACCUGCCCGGCGAACAGAUCCGGCCCAACGUGCCGGAAGGCACGUACGUGUUCGGCAAGCGGGUGGGCCCACCGUCGCCAGAGGGCCAAGCGUCCAACGCGAUCCCAGCCGUCCUGAAGCCCGCGCCGUCGUACGAGGCACCGCUGUACCUGCCGCCACCGAAACCGACCACCACCUCGACGACGACCACCACGACCACGACUACAACCACCCCGCGGCCGACCACCUCGGCCCCAUUGUAUAUACCGCCCAGCCCGUACUACCCCGCGGAGGCCUCGAACACCGUGUCCGUGGUGCAACCGGUUAAACCCAACUGCGAGAAGCCCGGCCAUGUGCACCAGAUUGACGCUGGCCUGUUGCCACCGUACCGCGUGGAGAUCACCAAGUUCCAGCAGCCACAACCCACGUUCCUGGUGCCGCAGUUCGUGCCACUGCCCUCGCAGCCCAGGUCAUCGGAAAACGAGAUCGUGGCCGCGUCGCCCAGGAAACCGGCGUUCCCCGCGUUCCCACCGGCCCCACGCUUCCCUUCAUACAACGAACCGGCACCGGCGACCGAGAACUGCGACAAGCACCGGCCCCGCCCCGUAAUCACAACCACGAGCACCACGCCCGAGCCGACCACCACACCGGAGCCCGUGGUUGAGACCCGCCAGAACGAGAUCGUGGUGUUGCCCGAGCCGCACGCCAAGGCUGCCACCGCUGACUGCGGCCACAAGCAGCACAAUGUGGUCGUCGAGUCGCUGGGCGUGCCGUCUACCGACUACGGCGUAGUCUCAGCCCCCGCGGCUCCGGCCCCGUCGGCCGGCUACUCGUACGACCGGCCCAGCGAACCGUUAGCCUACCCGACGGCCGCCGCCGGUUACACGUACCCCAAGGCCAGCCCGUCGUUCGAGUACCCUGGUGCGUUCGCCUCUCAGGCGCAGUCGCUGUUCGAGUCAGAGUCGCCCAAGUCAUCCGUCGGCAACACCGACGACGGCGACCUGGUCAUCCUCAAGGUCUAGAAUGCGCCAACGUCCUCGUCCGCGCACACCCCCACACUCUUCCAGGAUCCCUUCAUUACCAACGGUUAACCGGUCGCUCAUUCGAACCGGUACCUGUUAUCGGGUAUUUUGCAUAUCAUCGUGAUAUUACUGAACGAUUAGACAAUCGAUUAUUAUUAUCCACAAAAAUAUUGGAAUAAGACGUCGUACAGAAAUACACAAUUCACCAUACAUAUUCACGCAUUUAGUUGUAUCGUUACCAUUAGUAUUAUUAGCGAAGAACAAAACGUUUGUUCAUUAUUAUUAUUAAUAUUAUAAUUUUUUUUUUUUUAAUCAUUUCAACGUACAAUAAGAUUAUCA